UGGAUCCUCUCGUCUCCCCCGCCCGCCAAGCAUGUCUACUCGGAAGAAAGGGCCUGUGGCUUCAUGUGUCUCGGGGGUCGCCGUGUUAGUCUGUUGCAGCAGAAGAGGCAGGAUUCGUGUAGGAUCCUUCCAGGGCUUCCGGCCGCUUAUCUCAAAGUCUCUCACUGAUCUCCUGUGGGGGAGCUUCCAAAAAAGAAUCCAAAGAAUCCACAACGUAGCAACAGCUAUUGGAAAGGAAGCCCGGCUUCAUCUGUUUCAAGCUCAAGAAUGGCAGAAGCUGCAAGAAAGCCUCCCAGGUUACAGCUGUACAGAAAAACUGUCCAAGGCUGCUUUGAUAAUGAACAUGAACAGCACAGAACAAAAUCUGACCGUGUCCCAGAUUCCCUACCCAGACACGUGGUACGUGUUUUAUGUCGACAAGUUUACGUGUGUGGAGAAUUCUGAGUACUCUGAGUCGGAGGAUGUUCAGUUUGAAAUGGUAAUACUAAACCCAGAUGCAGAAGGGAAUCCGUUAGAUCACUUUAGUGCAGGGGAAUCUGGCCUACAUGAGUUCUUCUUCCUGCUGGUCGUAGCGUACUUUGUGGCUGCUUGCAUCUACGCUCAGACACUGUGGCAAACGAUCAACAAAGGAGGCCCGAUGCACACAGUAUUAAAGGUCCUUUCCACUGUGUUGCUGCUGCAGGCCGCAUCGGCUUUUGCUAACUACUUGCAUUUUUCACGGUAUGCUAAAAAUGGAGUCGGAGCACCUUUUAUGGGAAGCCUAGCAGAACUGUGCGACAUAAUCUCUCAGAUGCAGAUGCUGUACCUGCUGCUGAGUUUGUGCAUGGGAUGGACCAUAGGCAGAAUGAAGAAGAUGCAGAGCAAGCCUCUCCAGUGGGAUUCCACUCCAGCAUCCACUGCCAUUGCUGCAAUAGUUGUUGCUGUGCAGUGUUUUUUGUUAAUCUGGGAGCAAUUUGAAGACACUAAUCACCAUAGCUAUCACUCGCACCAGAGCGUAGCAGGUGGACUUCUCAUUGGGUUGAGAAUUUGCCUUGCUUUGUCACUAGGCUGUGGACUUUACCAGAUCAUCCGAAGAGAGAGGAGCACACUUAAAAGGGAAUUCUAUAUCACCUUUACAAAGGGCUGUGUCCUAUGGUUUCUGUGUCAUCCGUGUCUGGUAUCCAUAUCUCUAAUGUUUAGAGACUACCAGAGAGAGAAGAUUAUUACCAUUGGCGUUAUCCUCUGCCAGUUAUUCUCUAUGGUCCUCCUGUACCGACUUUUUGUUUCCCACAGUCUGUAUUGGGAAGUGUCUUCGCUCUCAGCAGUGACGUUGCCACUCACUGUAGCAUCUGGACAUAAAAGUCGACACCACUUCUGAGAUGCGUUGGGAAGGUUUAAUGGCAAAGGUGCAAUAAAGACUUGGAAAUAGUGAAGCUCUUUUCAGCAGUAAAUCCUGGGGAAACCAGAUGUUCGUUUUGUGGCUGAAUUGGAACAAGUAGAGAUAAGAGAUGAAUUUUAUGAAAACAAGCAACUAGCAAAUAUGUUGUCUAUCUUGGAUGAGGAUCACAGAGAAACAAAACAAGUUCUUAGCCACAAUUAUUUUUCACUCCAAAAUGGGCUUAUUUUUUUUUAAUUGAGAGCGCCAAAUUUUAGUAAUCACAAAGCAUAAAUGUAGAACAGUUUUGUCAUGAAUGUUGGUUUAAAGUUGACUUUUUUUUCACUUACGUUUGAAAUAAAGUGCAAUUUAUGCAUAGGUUACAAAAACUUGAAAACCUAGUAUCACCCAGGAAACCAAUGUAAAAUGUUUACAGCAAACUGUAGCUCUUGUUAUUUGUGCCUGCAUGUGUACUUUUAAAAAGUACUUUCUGGCUUUGAGAUCUGGAAGUUAUUCAAAUUUCAGCUUGAUCUCCUGCUUUUUGCAUUCCACAUAUUUGAAAAAUGUUAUAAGAACAUAUGAGCAAUGGACCAGCAUUGCAGAAAUUUUCUUUUUUAGAUAGCAACACUAAGGUUAGGAAAGUAGCAAGCUUGCCUCUCCCAAAGUGCGGAGAGAAAAUAGAAUGUGUGAAGCGGUACUCGAAUUUUAAUCCCAAUAUAAUUCAUUACUCUUACAUUGAGGAUUCAGUCAUAAUUAAGCCAUAUACACAGAUUAAAUUAACAGAAGCAUUUCAAAUAAAUGUAAGUUUCAGUCAUCAACUACCCAUGAAUUCCUGCCCAAGGAUACUUAAUCAGGAUUAAAUUUUCUAUGAAUAAUUGAGAAACAAAAUACUCAGUGGAUUUGUUAUAAUCCAUGUUGGCAUAGGGUUCUAAGUAGUUGCCAUCUACCACUCGUCGUAAUAGAACCGUGCUUUCAAAUGAUGCCUAACAUUCAGAUUGCUGUUGUAAAUGUAUAGUUUAUUGAAGUGCCUAUUUAUUGACAAAGGUGAAAAUUGUGCGGACUUUUUUUGUGGUAUAUAAAAUGAGCAUUCCUCUUAAUUAACUGA